CGAGACCCCGGCGCCACGGACACGGUGUCCAAGAUAUUCGGCGAGCGGAACACCACGGUGGAGCAGACAGCGCUGGACCACCACGAGGUCGAGGGCGAGCAGCGGGGCCACUUCGUCGGGCGUGCCCACGGCUUCCAGAGAGGCUUGCAUGCUGCAUGCGACGGCAAGUUCGAGGAGCUGCUCGACUCGGCCCAGGAGCUGGAGCUGGAGGCCAUGUUCAAGCUGGAACAAGAGGACGUCUGGAUCACUUGGCUGGCCGCGGUUAAGCACCUCUCCGAGCAGCCCGACGACGACAUCCCGACCCUAUGCGAGAGGGCUGAGAGAUUCCAGGCGCGCGCCAUCGGAGCCAGCCUGGCCAAGUCGAGGCGGUCCUUCCAGCAGUGGGCCACCAACACGUGGGAGCAUGCCCUAGGAGUGCCCCAUCGGCACGUCAAGCAGCAGGGCGAUGCGGUUCAGAUCCCGAAGGACGAGCACAUCUACAAGAAGGCGAAGGGCAUCGACGUCUUGGACCCGCUGGAGGUCCACCGGCUUCCCGGGGCGGGUCGCGCUGAGCUGGCGACCUUCCUCAACGCGGUCGAAGAGCACGGCUUGCGGCCCAGGCAGAUUUUCAGCACCCUGGGCGCAGUG